AUGCAGCCUCUGCUCAGACUCCAACGGUACCGAGCCCUUUGGACCUCCUGGCUGUCCUGCUGUCCGCUGCACCUCCAUCCCAGGCACAUGGUCCAACAGGCUUUCUUAGUGAGCAAGGAUCCAGAAAUGCGCAAAGUUAACUUUGCCAAGGAUGUGCUAGAUCACAUAGCGGGCUCAUAUGGAAAUGGCAAGAAAGCCCUGACCCCAGCUCUGUGGUGGGUUAGUGACGAAGGCAAUGAGGUGAAGUGGAAUUACCAAGAGUUAGGCGAUUUCACCCGCCAGGCGGCCAAUGUCCUCUCAGAUGCCUGUGGCCUGCAUCGAGGAGAUCGUGUGAUUGUGAUUCUACCCCGGAUUCCUGAGUGGUGGCUGACAACUGUGGGUUGCAUUCGAGCAGGACUUGUGUUCAUUCCAGGCACCACUAUGCUGGUAGCCAAAGACAUUCUCUACCGACUGCAGAUCUCAAAGGCCAAAUGCAUCAUAACCAGUGAGGUUUUGGCUCCUACUGUGGAUGAAGUGGCACCUGACUGCCCUGCUCUGAAAGUCAAACUCCUAGUGUCAGAAAAUAGACGUAAUGGAUGGAUGGACUUCAGAUCACUAUUACGCGAGGCCCCCACCACCCACAGCUGUUGUAGGAGACGGAUGAGUCACGAUCCGAUAGCUAUCUAUUUCACCAGUGGGACCACUGGAGCCCCCAAAUGGCUGAACACUCCCCUGGGAGCCAUUGGCGCUUCAAAUCCAGGGAUUUUAAGCAUGACUAGAAAUUGGAUUGAUUUGCAAGCCUCAGAAAUGAUGUGGUGUAUAUCAGAUACAGGUUGGAUCCUGAACAUAUUGGAGGCAUUUCUGGAUCCCUGGACAUCUGGAGCAUGCUCUUUUAUCCACCAUUUGCCAAGGACGGACCCAAUAGUUGUCAUCAAUACUCUGUCCAAAUAUCCCAUCAAUGUCAUGCUGGCGCCUCCUAUGUUAUACCGGAUCCUGCUAAAACAAGAUCUCACCAGUUACAAGUUCCCAAGCCUUCGCUCCUGCAUCAGCUCUGGAGAGACCCUCCUCCCUGAAACCUUGCACAAGUGGAAGAUGCAAACUGGGCUAAAUAUCAAGGAAAUCUACGGCCAGACAGAAACUGGUGUCACUUGCAGGUCCAGCUCAAAGGAAAGCAAGCCUGGCUUCAUGGGAAAGGCAGUACUGAGUUAUGACGUCCAGAUUAUUGAUGAGAAUGGUAAUGUCCUACCUCCUGGCACAUUAGGAGAAAUAGGCAUCAGAAUCAAACCCAUCAAGCCUAUUGGUUUCUUUUCUGGCUAUGUGGACAAUGCUGAGAAAACAGCUGCCAAUAUCAUAGGGAACUUCUGGCGCAUGGGGGACCUUGGAAUCAUGGACAAAGAUGGGAAUUUCCAGUAUAUUGGGAGAGCUGAUGAUGUCAUCAACUCAAGGGGGUAUCGAAUUGGUCCUUCAGAGGUGGAGAAUGUCUUGAAUGAACACCCAGCUGUGGUAGAGUCAGCAGUGAUCAGCAGCCCAGAUGCCAGUCAAGGAGAGGUAGUGAAGGCAUUUGUGGUACUGAAACCUAAGUUUGAGUCUUAUGACCGAGAUGAGCUCAUUCGAGAGCUACAGCAGCAUGUAAAGACUUCAACUGCCCCCUACAAAUACCCCAGAAAGGUGGAGUUUGUUUCAGCACUGCCCAAGACUGUCACUGGAAAAAUCCAACGGGCAAAGCUGCGAAAGGAUGAAUGGAAGCAAACAACUAGUACCAAUGGUGUCCUCAGAUCCCAAUGAUAUUACACACCGUUUUCUAUCCCCAAAAAGAACAGGGUCCCUUUCCUACCUCAGUCCCUAUUCUAGGACAGGUAUAAUCAAGCUAGACUACUGAUUCACGCUCAGGGGUAAAAUUCAUUAAAGGAUACUAACUCAAAAUUAUACUCCCUUCAAACUUCACAAUCCCUAUGGCAAUUAUUCAUGGUAGUCAGGAAUCUUAUUACCUGGAGGGAGGCAGGAGCUCAGAUCAAACUUUUGAGUCUUUGAAUAAUUUUUUAACAUAAUAAAAAAGUGCCUGUUUAAAACCCAAAGCAAGCAUUAUAUGCAAUGAAGAAAUAAUAGAAUCUUUCCUAAUCAAUUCAGGAGUAAAGCAAGGAUGAAAUCUUUCCCUGUUGUUAUUUGAAAAGUCCUAUAAAUGCUAGUGAUAGCAAUGAGAGAAAGACAUUAAAGGCAUAAAGACAGGCAAAGAGAAGACAAAACAAUACCUAUUUUCUAAUUAAAUUAUAAUUAACUUAGAAAGUCCUGGGGAAUCAGCAAAGAAACCAAUUGAGACAAUUGCCUCAGAAAUGUUGCAAGUUACAAAGUAAACACACAAAAAUCAAUAGCCUUUCUAUAUAAGAACAAAAUUCGUGAGGUAACAAUAAAAAAGCUAAGUUCCAUUCAAAACAUGUACAAAGCUCAUUAAAUAUUUAGGAAUAAACCUACCAAAGUACACUAAAUGCUUCUAUAGAUUCAAUUACAAAAUGAUCCUUAAAGAAAUAAAGAACUAUUUAAAUAGUUGAAGGAUAUGCAGGGCUUGUGGCUGGGUGGUAUAAAUGUAAUAAAAAUGAUAAUACUACCAAAGCUAAUUAACAAACAUAAUGUUAUGCCAAUCAAACUACCAAAGAGGUACUUGAUUUUUUUUCUUUUUCAAUUAAAAGCAUUUGUUUUUUCUCCCUCCAAUCUCCCCAUUCAUUGAAGAGAAAAGA